GUCGAUAACAAGAUCUUCAAGCAAUACCGAACUCUCUGUCUUACACAUAGGUCUACCUCGCCUUGCGCUGCCGUCACUGCACAUAACGCUCUCACACCUUGUCGGAACUGGCGACACUGUCGACCUCAUCCAUGGUACUGGCGGGAUUCUAUGUCAUCCAACUUGAAGCUUGAAGUCUGGACUCUGUGCCUGGUCUUUGCAUGCUCGUCGGAAGCGCCCAAAUCUUACCGGCCCCCUCAGUGUCAUCCGAGUCGGGGUUCGCUCCCUUGCGUCAGUGAGCCUUGUCCGGAUUCCUUGUCAGAGCCAUUGGCCCAUUCCACCUGCUAUCUAAGGUCAAGUUCUUGUAGAUGCAGAGCCACCAACUUUCCACCAAUCCACCCAGUUCGUUUCGUGUCGCAGACUGGAUAUAUCCCGAAUCAAGGUGUUCUGUGCACAAUUUUGGAAGAAAUCCGAGUCAGCUCGGAUGUGGAACCCUUCGCACCUUCGUCUCUCAACCCACUUCUCCCAGUAAUCCUCAAUUCCAAAACAACCAAUUCGAGCGGAUCAAUCACUAUGAUCUUCACUCUACACACAAUCCUUCUCGUUCCAUUCUCACUCCCUCGGGUCGAGCUUUCGCUAUCGGUGGUCGCAUCCAAAACAUUUCUUCAGAUCCCCUUAGCCCUUGUAUCAUGUACUGGCCAGAUAAUGAACCGCUUCCAGAACCAGGUCAAAUCCGUCCUGGUAACCUGCUUAACAUCACUCACCCUCCCAUUGUCAACACCGGUAACCGUGGACCGAUCACUCAUCAAGCGGGCGACUGGAUUUGCAAAAAAUGCAGCUACUUGAAUUGGAGGAGAAGGAAAGUUUGUCAGACAUGUUUACCUUACGCUGAAGGUAACGGGGAUUCCAUUUCUGCACUUCAGGCAGAACGUAUCGCUUUUCUCACUUCUGCGCUGGCUCAAACAUCCAUCUCCUCAUGUCCUCAGCCUACGCCCGCCGUCAUUCCUUCCCGCCACAGCCAGAGUCUGACGUCCCAGGGACGUCAAUUUGGCCACUAUGAGCAUCACCUCGACGUCUGCUCCCAACGUCUUCGUCGCUUUACAAAGCCAGGACAGGCCCGUCCGAAUAUCUCUACUGACGUUAUUUACCAAACUGCUCCCUCUAUUUCCGACCCUCUUCUUGCUCCUCGAGGCCCUUCCCUCCUUCCUUAUCCCUAUCACCUACGAAGACCCCAAGAAGACAACGGCUACCUUCAAGGGUUUGUCUCGUCGCCAAGCGACUCCGACUCUUCGGAGGUGGGCGACUCUGAGGCUGACGCGUCUUGGUUUCCCAAGUACUCAACCUCGCGGUUCAGUGGCAUCCAUCACCAGUGGAUAUAA